AUGGUUCCGGCAGCGGCGCUGAUGCUGGUUCUGCAGCUCUCCUUGGCUUCAGCAGCUCCGUCCGGAAAUGCAGCAGGCCCGCCGCCGACCUGCCCAUCCAGCUGCGGUAACCUGAGCGUGCCGUAUCCAUUCGGCAUCGGCGCCAGCUGCUCCCUCCCUGGCUUCAACCUCACCUGCGAUGGAACGCGCCACCCGCCGCGUCUGCUGCUCGGAGACGGCGCCCUCCAGAUCGUGGACAUCUCUCUGGCCAACUCCACGGUCCGGGCCCUGUACACUGCGGGCGCCGUGAACAUCAACUUCAGCACAUCCGUCGACGGCAGCGGCACCUGGAGCGGCGGCCUCGGCGCUGUCAGUGGCAGUGGCAGCCCGUACGUGGUCUCAGAGUGGCGCAACCAGUUGGUUGUCACAGGGUGCAACGUUCAGGGGACGCUGCUCGGGGGCAGCGGCAACGUCAUCACCGGCUGCUCCUCCUUCUGCUCCAUCGACGACAAGUGGGCCGGCGCCGUGGUAACCACCCCUGGCGAUGGCGCCGCCGCGUGCUCCGGUAUCCGCUGCUGCGAGACGCCCAUCCCCAUCGGCCGCCCGUCCUACGCCGUCCAGUUCAAGUACCUGGACGUUGAGAACACAGGCUUGCUACCUGUGGCAGUUCGCAUCGCCGAGCGUGGUUGGUUUGACAGUGUCGCCGCGCAAAUGCUCAACAACUCGGUGCGGGAUUCCAUGUCCCUGACGCCGGUUCCAGUGGUACUGGACUGGGCGGUGGCGUCGACCCCAAUAGUCCCGGGAACGGCUGAUGCGGAUGCCGCCGGCAACUCGUCCUGCCCCUCGGACGCGGCGAGGAGCGCCUGCCGCAGCAGCCACAGCGCCUGCCACAACGUCACCAACAACUACCGGACUGGCUACGUGUGCCGCUGCCAGAAAGGCUACGACGGCAACCCCUACCUUUCCGGUGAAGGCGGAUGCCAAGAUAUCAAUGAGUGCGCACUCCCGGGAAAUUGUUUCGGUAUUUGUACAAACACGGACGGAUCGUACGAGUGCCGGUGCCCACGCGGUGCUGGUGGUAACCCGUACGAGGAACAUGGCUGCGUCAAAUCUUCUCUAGGGCUAAGUAUUGGUCUGGGAGUUGGCAGCGGGGCAGGCCUUUUGGUGCUGGUACUUGGUGCUGCCUUUGUGACUCGUAGGAUUAAGCAUCGCAGGGCAAGAAUGCUGAAGCAGAAGUUCUUCAAGCAGAACCGUGGACAUUUGUUGCAACAAUUGGUGUCUCAAAAGGCUGAUAUCGCCGAGAAGAUGAUCAUCCCCUUGAUAGAGCUGGAAAAAGCAACAAAUAAUUUCGACAAGGCUCGCGAGCUUGGCGGAGGUGGACAUGGUACUGUCUACAAGGGCAUUCUAUCCGACCAGCAUGUCGUCGCAAUAAAAAAGUCAAAAGUGGCAAUCCAAAGAGAGAUUGAUGAGUUCAUUAAUGAGGUAGCAAUUCUCUCUCAAAUCAACCAUCGAAAUGUGGUAAAACUCUUUGGAUGUUGCCUUGAGACACAAGUGCCACUAUUGGUUUACGAAUUCAUUCCAAAUGGCACUCUUUAUGAUCAUCUUCAUGUUGAAGGACCAACAUCACUACCAUGGGAGUUUAGGCUGAGAAUUGCAACGGAAACCGCUAGAGCACUAGCCUACCUUCACAUGGCUGUGUCAUUCCCUAUAAUCCACAGAGAUAUCAAGUCCCAUAAUAUUCUUUUAGAUGGUUCAAUGACAGCAAAAGUGUCUGAUUUUGGAGCUUCAAGAUGCAUUCCGGCGGAUAACACCGGGAUUUCAACUGCUAUCCAAGGAACAUUUGGAUACUUAGAUCCCAUGUACUACUACACUGGGAGACUCACCGAGAAGAGUGAUGUUUUUAGCUUUGGCGUUGUUCUUAUAGAGCUGCUGACUAGGAAAAAGCCAUACUCGUAUAGAUCACCUAAGGAUGAUGGUCUUGUUGCCCAUUUCACAGCAUUGCUCUCGGAAGGCAAUUUGGUCAAUGUACUUGAUCCUCAGAUCAUAGAAGAGGCAGGUGAACAAGUGGGGGAAGUAGCUGCAAUAGCAGCAUCAUGUGUCAAAAUGAAAGCAGAGGAUCGACCGACCAUGAGACAGGUGGAGAUGAACCUUGAAAGCAUUCAAGCAUCCGUACAACGGGUUGUGCAACGUACAGGGAUAAAAAGGUUGAAGCAACAUUUGGCAGGUGGAUAUGGAGAUGCAAAAAUGUGUCCGCGGACCACUACUGCUAUUAGGAAGGAGAUGAUAGAUUACUUGGAAUCCAAUAAGAGGAGGAGGCCAUUGUUCAUAGAAGAGGGUGAUCAGCCUGAGGAACCAGCAGAUGUGGUGGUGGUGGAAGCAAUAGCAGCCCCAGCAGUUGGAGCUGAAUCUGUUCAAGUUGAAGACACCGCACCUACAGAAUCCCAAGCUUCCAAGGUGCAGCCAAGUUCAGGGACUGCACCUAAACAAAGGCGUGUAAAUUAUUUAUUCAAGGUUACUGCAGCAAGCAAUACAAAGGCAAAGCCGAAGGGUAACAAGUCAAUUGUUGAGAUGCUUCAGAAAACACCUGAAGAACUUUUGAUGAAAGGCGUAAAGGAUGUUCUCAGCCAACAAUUCCAGCCAAGACAAAGAGCAAAGAGGAGAAGCAAUGUGUGGAUAUGCAGUGGGCCUUGUGGUUCUAUGAGUGUGAUGCAUACAAAGAAAAGAAAUAGGUUGUUGCAUAAGAGAUUGAAUGACAUUGUCUUUGUUUCCUACAACCGGAAGAUGAAGACCAGGUUUCAGUUAAGGCGUGAGAAAAAAGGGAAAAGUUUUGACCCUUUGGUCAUUGAGGAGUUUGAUUGGGACAAUGAGUGGGUUGAUUCCUCCUAUGUUCAUCCUCAAGGUGUUCGUGGGUGUGACAAUGGUGACAAUGGUAAUGGCCUUACAUGGGAACUUGUGGAUGAAGCUGUUGGUGCAUCAAGCUCGCUGUGA